AUGCUCGUCAAGAAGGAAGCUCCGGUUGUCCUGACCGACUGCCUUGCAGAAACCCCCGGACCAGCACCUACAUCAGUUCUUGGAACUCAGAACACAGAGUCAACAAAUGUUGAUUCUCAAAGCCAACCGUCAUCCGCAGUUCUUCAUGACGCUAAAUCAGAGGUCUUCGGAGACACGGGUGAAGAUAACGAAAAUCACAAUGAGAACAGUGAUGAGGAGGAAGAUGUGUACCGCGAGUGGCACCAAAACCCCGCUCAGUCUCGGACAAUCUCCCAGAAGGCAAGAACAGACCUCGCAACUCUGCAGAAUUUCACAAGAAAUGUCCACUUGGACGACAGCCGUGAGAAGGUUUUGGACGAGUUCUCCGCGGCUGGACUUAUUAUGAAGGACACCAAGCAGAUCAUUAGUGCUCCUCGUGAGUAUCAGAUUGAGCUGUUUGAAAGGGCGAAGAUGAGGAACAUCAUCGCAGUCUUAGACACCGGAUCUGGAAAGACGCUUAUAGCUGCUUUGCUACUGCAACACGUUCUCCAGAACGAAGUUGAGGACCGUGCAGCAGGCAAGCCCAGGCGCAUUGCCUUCUUUCUGGUCGACAAAGUGUCGCUUGUGUUCCAGCAACAUGCUGUCCUCGAAUGCAAUCUGGGACAUAGCGUGGCCAGAUUUUGCGGAGACAUGCUCGACUCGAUGUGGUCUCACGAAUUUUGGGCGCAGCAAUUUGAAGAGAACAAGGUUGUGGUCUGCACGGCGGCCAUCUUGCAAAAGUGUCUGGCGCACUCGUACAUUCGCAUGGAUCAGAUCAACCUCCUCAUCUUCGACGAAGCUCAUCAUACAAAGAAAGACCAUCCGUACGCACGUAUCAUCAAGGACUACUACAUCAAAGAGCCUGACAUGGAAAAGAGGCCAAAAAUAUUCGGCAUGACCGCUUCGCCCGUGGAUGCUCAAACCGAUGUCAAGAUUGCCGCUGCACGCCUCGAGGGUCUUCUACAUAGCGAGAUCGCCACCAUACCGGAGGAUUCAACCUCGUUGAAAGCCCACGCGCGCAACAUCAUGGAAAAAGAUGUCUUUUACGGCAUGCUACCUAUGCCAUUUGAGACAGAGUUGUACCGCAAGGUAGCUGGACUUGUCCGCCACAACUGCCACUUCGGCAAGGAACUCUUCUUUGCGCGCCAAGCAACAUCGUUCCUUGGACCAUGGCUGUCCGAUCGACUCUGGAAGCUUUUCCUUACUGACACGACGAUUUUGCGGUUGACGAACAGAACUGACAUGACCUACUAUGGCCUCGACAUGACUGGCAAGGAGGCGGCAGCCGUGCAGAAACUUCGAGAGAUUGUCAAGGAUCACGAUUUCAGUGAAGUCUUGCCGACACUUGAUCACCUUUCAACCAAGGUGCUUCGUCUGUGGGAGGAACUUCAAGCGCGUUUCUCCAAGCCCACCGAUCACAAGUGCAUUGUGUUCGUUGACAUGCGCCUGACAGCCCUGCUUUUGACCGACUUGUUCCGCCAAGAGGCCACGAAACUUCCGUUCCUCAACGCCGAGUUUCUGAUUGGAAGUCGGCCCGAUUCUGGAGCAGCCAACAUGUCGUUCAAAGAACAAGUCCUAACCAUUUCCAAGUUCAGGCACGGCAAAGUCAACUGCCUGUUUGCGACGCAGGUUGCAGAAGAAGGAAUAGAUAUUCCGGACUGCAGUAUGGUCAUUCGCUUUGAUCUGUACAGGUCUGCGAUCCAGUACAUUCAGUCGAAAGGCCGCGCACGUAGAGCGGAAUCAGAGUACCUCACCUUCAUCGAAGGUGGUAACGGAAGACAUACCCGAACAGUGGCUCAAGCCCAGUACGACCAGGUCACGAUGCGCAGAUUCUGCACAGCUCUGCCAGAAGACAAGAAGAUCUCCGGAGUCGACAUGACAGCCUUGUUUCUUCACGGUGAAGCACAAAAGAAGACAUAUGUCAUUGCGUCCACCGGUGCAACAUUGACGUGGAUGUCCAGCCUAGAGGUGCUCUCCAACUUCACCUCUUCAUUACGUCAAUCUAAUGACGAGGUGCUUGCGCCAGAGUACGUGGUUGUAAAUGAAGGCCAAAAGUUUCUUGCGGAAGUUCAACUGCCGCCAAGGUCCCCGAUUCAAACAAUGGCCGGAAAUCCUCAUUCGACGAAACAAGACGCGCGCUGCUCGGCAGCAUUUGAGAUGUGCAAGGAACUGAUCAAGAAGAAGUACAUCGAUGACCGUCUGCGUCCGGUGUUCGUCAAGAAGCUUCCCGUCAUGCGCAACGCCCGACUUGCGGUCAGUUCGAACAAGAAGGCAGAGUACAGGAUGCGCUCGAAGCCAGAUAUUUGGUCAAGAUUGGGCCCGGUCGACGUGGUCUACGUCACGGUGCUGAGGAUGGGCAAUCCCGAAUCCGUUGGCCGGGACUCAAGACCCUUGAUUCUUGUCACGAGAGAGAUGCUUCCUGACCUCCCUCCCAUCCCGCUCUUCUUUGGGAAUGACCAACAGUCAGAUGUCUAUCCCGUUUCCUUGCCCACUCCUAUCCGGGUGUCUGCAGAAGACUCCGAAGCCCUGAAAGAGUUUACCUUACGCAUUUUCAAAGACGUCUUCAGCAAGCAGUUCGAGGCCCCAAUUACUGACGUGCCGUACUUUCUUGCCCCUGCCACAGUCUAUCACUCGGCAAAGCUUUCUGAAGUCGACGAUCCAGCUUCGUUGAUUGACUGGGAGCAUCUUCGCUCCACGCAAGGCAAGGAAUUUUUGGACUGGGACGCAACCACGCCAGAUGAUUUCUUCAGAGACAAGCUCGUCACCGAUCCCUAUGCAGGAUCUCGCAAGUUAUACUUGCGUGGUGUUCGAAAAGAUAUGAAGCCCUUGGACAUGGUUCCCAACGGAGUCCCCGACCCUGGCCACAGAUCAUGGCGAGACGCCAACGUCGAGAAGAACAUUACCGAAUACAGCGUCAGUCUCUGGGCGAAAAGCCGCAAGAAGUUCACGUGGCGUCAAGACCAGCCCGUCAUCGAAGCCGAAGUUGUCUCUCUGAGACGAAAUCUCCUUGACGAUUUCAUCGAGACCACGACCGAGGAAUCCAGAAUAUGCUAUGUCAUUUUGCAGCCUCUGAGAGUGUCAACUCUUCCAAUUGAGACAGUAGUUCUGGCAUUUGCUUUCCCGGCCAUUAUCCAUCGCAUGGAAUCUGUCAUGAUCGCUCUCGAUGCCUGCAAGCACUUGAAUCUCACCAUUCGCCCGGACCUGGCACUCGAAGCCAUGACGAAAGAUUCCGACAACAGCGACGAGCAUGACCAGGAAAAGAUCAACUUUCAGAGCGGCAUGGGCAAGAACUACGAACGGUUGGAGUUUCUUGGUGACUGUUUCUUGAAGAUGGCCACGACGAUCGCCAUCUUCACAUCCAAGCCUGACGAUGACGAGUUCCAAUACCACGUCCAGCGCAUGCUCCUCAUCUGUAAUCAGAAUCUUUUCAACAAGGCAGUUGAUAGGGGCCUUCAAGAAUACGUGCGGUCUCAGAGCUUCGACCGCCGCAGCUGGUACCCCCAGGGAUUGAAAUUGAUGAGGGGCAAACAGGGUCAGCCUGCGAACAAGCAUGCUCUGGCGGACAAGUCUAUCGCUGAUGUCUGCGAGGCUCUCAUCGGCGCCGCGUACCUUUCAUACGCAGACUCUGACAACUACGACAUGGCCAUUCGUGCUGUGACCGCCAUGGUCAAGGAGAAGACCCAUCGGAUGACCUCCUGGGGUGAUUACGUCGCUGGGUAUCGGCAUCCUGAAUGGCAGGUCCGAAAGCCAACCCCAAUCCAGCGCGACAUGGCCCAGCAAGUCGAGGAGUCGAUGGGAUAUAAGUUCAAAUCUCCUGCUCUACUCCGGAGUGCUUUCCAUCAUCCUUCGUAUCCCAGGGCAUACGAGAGCUUGCCAGACUACCAGCGUUUGGAGUUCUUGGGUGACGCGCUUCUUGACAUGGUCUGCGUCGAUUUUCUCUUCAACAAAUUCCCCAACGCAGACCCGCAGUGGCUCACAGAGCACAAAAUGGCCAUGGUCAGCAAUCAAUUCCUCGCCAGUCUGUCUGUGAAGCUUGGCCUUCACAAGCAUAUCUUGGUGGGUACAUCCGCGAUGCUGAGCCAAAAGGAAGAGUACGUGUCCUCGCUCAACCUGGCAAUGGCAGAGGCGGAAUCUGAGGCCGAGUCGGGGAUGUUUUCUCAAGACUAUUGGAUCAACGUCAAGCACUCGCCCAAGUACCUUUCCGACGUGCUGGAGGCUUACGUUGGUGCCGUCUUUGUCGACUCGGGCUACGACUACAACGAGGUCCGCAAGUUCUUUGACAAACACAUCCGACCGUUCUUCACUGACAUGUCGCUCUACGACUCAUUCGCCAAGAAGCAUCCCGUUACGAGACUCAGCCACUUGAUGGAGAAGGAGUUCAAGUGCACAGAGUACCGAAUCAUGACGACCGAGGUUGCACCCCCGGCAGGAGAAGGGGCUCGCGUUCUUACCGGCACCAAUGUGCUCUGUGGGAUCAUUAUCCAUGGAGAGGUUCGAUACCACACUACGGCGGAGAGCGGACGAUACGCAAAGGUUCGAGGUGCAGAGCGGGCGCUUGCUGAGUUGGAUGGCCUGUCUGUUGAUGAGUACAAGAAGAAGUUUGCAUGCGACUGCAAGGGAACUGAAGGCGAGGAGACCGGGGCGAUCAAUCAUGGCACUGCAGUAUAA